AUGGCGCUGGGUCCGCCAGGCCCGGCUCAUCACCGUGGCCGCCCCCAGCCGCUCCGGUUCCAGGAAAGAACCCCAUCUCUACUCCAGCCAGGUCUCAAUGGCUGGAGCUUUGAGGGGUUCAGGCCCCCUGAACCAAGAGGAGAGGAGGAAGUCCGAGGGAAGAUGGCUGGCAGUCACCCCUACUUCAAUCUACCUGACUUCACCCAGCCGUUGACGCCUUCCACUCCACCUAGCCUCUCCUCGAACCAGCGCUGCCAGCCCUCUGAUGCUGCCAAAGGCCUGCUGGUGGCUCUGCUGGGUGGAGGCCUGCCAGCUGGCUUCAUAGGCCCCUUCUCCCGUAUGGCUUAUCAGGCUUCCCACUUGCCCUCACUGGAGCUGCUCAUGUGUCGAUGCCUCUUGCAUUUCCCCAUUGCUCUGCUACUUAAACUGCGUGGUGACCCAUUGCUUGGACCUCCUGAUGUCCGAGGCCAUGCCUGCCUUCAUGCCCUGCUUAACGUUCUUAGCAUUGGAUGUGCCUACAGUGCAGUUCAGUUGGUGUCCACUGGCAAUGCUGCUACCAUUCGAAAAGGUUCUUCCACCGUGUGCUCUGCCUUCCUUGCCUUCUGCCUCAAAAGCCAGGGUCUCAGUGGCUAUGACUGGUGUGGCCUGUCGGGUAGCACCCUGGGACUGAUCAUCAUUUUGGGACCUGGACUAGGGACAAUGCAAGAGGGCACCACACGCUUCUACACAGCUCUGGGCUAUGUGUUAGCCUUCCUGGGAGGCCUGGCCUUAUCACUAGAACUACUGGUCUACCGCUCCCUGCACUUUCCCUCCUCCCUACAAAGUGCCUUUCUAUUUGGUGUGGUGGGGUUAAUGGUCUCUGUACCUGGCCUCUUUGUGUUGGAAACCCCUGUGCUACCCAGGGACCCUCUGAGUUGGAGCUGUGUAGGAGCAGUGGGCACCCUUGCCUUAGUCUCCUUUGUGUGUGUGAGCUAUGCGGUCACCAAGGCCCACCCUGCCCUGGUCUGUGCUGUCCUUCACUCUGAGGUAGGUGCCCUGAUGCUGCAAUAUUAUGUGCUCUAUGAGACUGUGGCACCUUCUGACAUCAUGGGGGCAGGGGUUGUGUUGGGCAGCAUUGCCAUCAUCACUGCCCAGAACCUCAGUUGUGAGAAAGAAGGGCAGGUGGAGGAGUGA